AUGAUAAACAAGGAAGGCAAAUAUAUGUCCAAUUGCGCACACGUUGAAAUAAGACAUAAUGCAAAUAGUUCUGGAAAUCGGAAACACUUUGACAAAAAAAAACGGAAAAUCAAUUCGAAAAAAGUGUCGAGCGGUGUUUUUUUCAAUGAUAGUCGAUCAAACUAUUCAAAAUCUAAUGUGAUAAGAAAAAUAUUGCACAUCAAAUUGCAUUUCUCAAACAAUGAUUUCGAAGUAUGA